GUGACUGCAGAACCGAAAAUGACCUCUCUUCAAGCUCACAACUGAUAAAUCUCCGAUAUCAGCGAACAUUAAAUGAACUGAUGGAUCAAACGAAAGAACAAGACGAGGAUUAUGGCUACAACUUAUUCCCGGAAAGAAAGAAAAGCAAAUACAAGAAAGGGUCCAUUGGAGAAAGCCUGUUUACUUUCAACCAUAAAUGUCAUAUUAUGCUGCAGUUUGCAAUACAGACAAGUCCAUAUGCAAAGCUUCUUCUUGGAGCUAUGAGGAACUCAGGCUGCACAGUAUACGAAGGCAGACAUUUCUCCUGCGAAGAUUGUGAUGGAACUGUUAGUGGUGGAUUCGAUGCCACAACUUCUCAAAUUGUGUUAUGUCAAAACAAUAUUCGCCAGCAAGCUCAUAUGAACAGGGUGGUCACGCAUGAACUCAUCCAUGCCUUUGACCAUUGCCGUGCACAUGUGAACUGGUUCAAUAACUUGAAGCACCUGGCCUGCUCUGAGAUUCGGGCAGCCAAUCUCAGUGGAGACUGCUCCUUCAUCAACGAACUGUCAAGAUUAAAUUUUGGCCUCAAUCAGCACCAUCAAGAGUGUGUGCGUAGCCGGGCACUGCGUUCCAUCCUCGCCGUGCGGAACAUCAGCAGGGAGAAGGCGGAGAAAGUCGUCGACGAGGUGUUUGACAGCUGCUUCCAUGACCAUGCCCCCUUUGGCCGCAUCCCCCACAGCAAGAAAGAUGCCAAAUUUGCCUACAGGGAAUUUGAGAGCAGGGAUCGAUACUAUGGGAACCUAUAAGAGCAGCUACUGUAUUAGAGGCAGGCUCAUAAUCCUCUGUUAACAGCGGGACAUAACUCUGUUGUAUGAUAACUCAUAAAGACACAAUAGAUCCAUCCCACCUCAUAAUAUUUAAGUUCUCAUUGUGUAUUUAAUUCAUUGUAUGAUUUGAUUUAUCGUACAGUGUAUGACAGUGUAUAGUGUUGUGGUAAAUACAUUUUUAAUGGAAGGACCUAAAAGUCUAAGGGACAGAUCAUACAAAACAUGGAAAAUAAUGAUUUGAUUUGCUUUAUCCAAAGAAGGAAUAUUGCAUAAAGGCAAGGCCUUUAAUAGGGUGACUUUUACAAUUGCUGUGAUCAGUGUAAUGUGGGCCAAUGCAUCCACUAUGACUAAACUAGAAGUCAAGUCAAAAUUUAUUUAUAUAUCACUUUUCACAACUGAUGUCAAAAAGGCAGCGGAAUGAUUCAUGGUAUGUUUCACAGUUUAUAUAUAUAGUUUAAAUAUAAUCUGAUCAAUAUAAUGUUUAUACCAAUAUAAUCUUUACUACAACACUGGCUUGUUUGUAGAAAUUACAUGGACAAAACUUGACAAUGUAAAAUGGUAAGAAACCACUGGAUGGCCAAUAAAUGAUGCGCAGGUUUUAAAGGGGUAUUCGGGGAUUUUUACAAUGCUUUUUGUUUUGAAAACAAACUCCAGAACUUUUGCUAUCAAAAAGGAGAAAAAAAAAAUUAAGACAGCUUCUGCUUGUCUCUGGUGGCAAGCGCAACUGCUAUGUGGUCUUUGCUCCGCGGGCAGUUCGGGACGAUCUGUGAACCUGAAUGACUCGAGUUAAGAACAUUAGCCAACCUGGGUCUCUCAAAAGGUAACCAGACGUCUCAGUCAAAUAUCUCAUAAUUGAACUUGAGGUUCACACAUCAGUGGCUAAAGAGGAUGUAACUGCAGCUUUACGCAUAACCUUUGUCCUAGUUCUUAAAGCCUGGAGAAUACACAGGCCUACAUCUUGACUUUUUUUUUAGCACACGAUGGCAGGCAAAAACAUGGGGGAGCCAAUUUGUACGUUAUUCUUGACAUAACACGCUGGAUUUGCCAUUUGCCUGUUCGUUAACCUUAAUGGGUUUGGAAACCACAGGAGAUUCAUUAGGGAGGAUGGAUUACCCCACCCCCCUCCCCUUACCAGCGACCAGCUUCUUGGCCUACCUCACACCCAGCGCUGCCGCGCCCUGUCAUUGGCCACAGACGAUGUGAGAUACAGGCGGAUGGCCGUCCACAGUGCGUAGCU